AAUAUAAUACCCUUUUAUUUUUCGCAAAUGACAUUAAAUAUCCAAAAUACCCUUCCCUAACUCGUUUGGACAACGGAGAUUUGGGUGACCUCGACUUGGAGAGCUUCCUCACCUCUCUGCCCUAGCCACCGCCGCUCAGCUCCGCAACGUCGACGUCCUCCGCCUCACUCUUGGUUGCUUCACAAGGAAGGAAGCACCAAAAGCGCAUUUGAGUUUUUCUUAUCACCUUCGUCUACGGUCUCCGACGAAGUUCCACCGUCUUCGGCUACGAAGUCUCUUUCUCAGGUUCUCAAGCACAAAUCAAGGUUCCAACUCUUCUAGAGAGAUCAGUCCAAGUUGAGUGAACCUUAUAUGGCAGAUUCUGAGGAAAAGCCACAGGCUGAACAAGUUUGCAACUUUUUUCGAAAGGCGACAAAGAACAAAAACAUCAGAAAGCGAACGGUUACUGAAGAUGAUGAAGAAUCAAAUACAGAUAGCACAUUUUUGCAUAGUCAGAAAAAGGCCCCAAAAUCGGACAAUAAGCUUUAUUUUUCUUCUGGACCUUCUAAGAGCACCAUACCUGCGGAAUCAAAUGUAGCAUCUGACACUCCCGUCUUUCAGUUUGAGUCUUCGAAGGAAAUUCAAGUCCAACAUGACAGCAGAGCAACAGCAACACUAGAGACCGAAACUGAUUUCACUAGAGAUGCACGAGCUAUUCGUGAAAGGGUACUUAAGCAGGCAGAGGAGGCUUUGAAGGGAAAGAAAAAGGGUGCUUGGGAUGAAAAGCUGUACAAAGGGGUAAACGCCUAUACUGAUUUUAAGGCAGGAUUUCGAAGGGAGCAGACUGUUGCCAGCGAGAAAGCUGGAGGGUCACAUGGGCCACUCAGGGCUUCUGCUCACAUUAGAACUUCAACAAGAUUUGAUUAUCAGCCAGAUAUCUGCAAAGAUUAUAAAGAAACUGGUUAUUGUGGAUAUGGAGAUUCAUGCAAGUUUAUGCAUGAUCGUGGGGAUUACAAGUCUGGAUGGCAGAUGGAAAAGGAGUGGGAUGACGCAGAGAAAAUAAGGAAGAGAAAUUUAGCAUUAGGAGAAGUAGGUGAUGUGGAUGAUGGCGACGAGAGUGAUGAAGACGAUGAUGAAAAUGCAUUGCCCUUCGCUUGUUUCAUUUGUCGACAGCCUUUUGUUGAUCCCGUUGUAACAAAAUGCAAGCAUUACUUCUGUGAGCAUUGCGCAUUGAGGCAUCAUACGAAGAACAAGAAGUGCUUCGUCUGCAACACGCCUACACUUGGCAUAUUUAAUACGGCUCAUGAGAUACGCAAAAGGAUGGCUGAAGAGGGCAAAUAAUGGCUGCUCAAUGGGGGGUUUUUGUUCUUAAGUUAAGUAAGUAGGAUGUCUUCAAAAAAAUGUAAAUAUGCAAUUGGAUAUGUUAUUGUUAUCUUCAGAUUAUAACCCUAAUUGCAAUUCCUAAAAAAUUCUUCAGAUUAUAA